ACGUUACUGGGGGAAGCAAGACUAGGGAAGCUGAGUGCAGUACCGAGUUCCUGUUUUCUUUAAAAGUCCAUGUGACAAGAUAUAUCCUUAUCAUUUCGAGCAGAGAACUUUCCCUGGAUAUUACUGUGGUACUAGCAGACUUAACUACAACAUUUACGACAGACGGUUUGGAGUCAAAUCGAUUUUUUAUUUUUCUAGCUUGGAAAACAUAAUGAAAUAUUAAUAAUGAAUUCUUCUGUGUUUCUUAUGCUGCUAUACUUGACUCAUCUUUCAGUUCAAUUAGAUUCUAAAAUAUUUUUAAUAUAUAAUGCAGACCAUAAAAAAUGUAUUCAAGCUGACAGCAAUGGUAAAAUAUCAAUGACCAUGUGUAAUGAAAAAAAGGACUUCCAAAAAUUCCGAUGGAUUUCUCAACACCAGCUUAUAAAUGUAGGUGCAAAACAGUGUUUGGCAUCCGCUUCAAAGACGUCAACGGCUGUGGUUAGUUUGUUUACAUGCGAUGGUGAAAGUGGGUUUCAGAAAUGGGAAUGCACGAAUGAAACUCUUUUUGCAAUUCAAGGAGAAAGUCUCCACUUGAACUAUGGCAACACGCAAGACAAAGUAGUCCUUUGGCAUGGAACUGGGGGAUGGAGUAGGUGGAAGGUCUAUGGGACCUCUGACGAUUUGUGUACUAAAGCCUACGAAGAUAUAUAUACGAUAAAAGGGAACAGCAAUGGUCAGCCGUGUGUAUUUCCCUUUAAAUACGCAAACAAAUGGUAUGCAGAUUGUACUGUGGAAGGGAGGUCUGACGGGCUACUUUGGUGUUCAACAACAGCAGAAUAUGAUAAAAAUAAAUUAUAUGGUUUCUGCCCAACAAGCGCUGACAGUGACAAUUGGUGGACUACAGAUUCUGUGACUGGAGUAAGUUACCAGACAAAUUCAAAUUCAGCCUUGACUUGGUAUCAGGCACGGAGAAGCUGCCAACAGCAGGAGUCUGAAUUAUUAAGUAUAACAGAAGUUCAUGAACAGUCAUAUCUCACAGGAUUAACAAACACUGCAAAUGUUGUCUUCUGGACGGGUCUUAACAGUUUAAACUUCAAUGCGGGAUGGCAAUGGAGCAGUAGAAGCCCUUUUAGAUAUCUUAAUUGGGUUCCAGGAAAUCCUACAGUUGAACCUGGAAAAAAUUGUGUCAUAUUAAACUCUAUGAAGAACGGCAAGUGGGAAAACAGGGAUUGUGGACAGCAACUGGGAUACAUUUGUAAGAAAGGAAACAUUACAUCAAACACAUUUGUAUUCCCCUCUGAGCCAAAUAUUCCAGUCUCAUGUCCUCCAUCAUGGAUAUCAUAUGCAGGACAAUGCUAUUCUUUGAAAAAAGAGGCUAAGAUCUGGAAGGAUGCUUUAUCUUCAUGUAGAAAGGAAGAAGGAGAUCUAGCAAGUAUUCACAACGUUGAAGAAUUAAGUUUUAUAAUUUCACAAUUUGAAUUCCAUUCAGGAAAUCGGGCUUGGAUUGGGCUGAAUGAUCUGAAGAUUCAGUUGUAUUUUGAGUGGAGUGAUGGAACACCUGUCACCUACACUGUGUGGCGCAGGGGUGAGCCAUCUCAUCUAAACAACAGAGAGGAGGACUGUGUUAGUCUAGAUCCGAAGGAAGGCCAUUGGUCAGAUGAAAUAUGUGAAAGUAAGCUUCAAUACAUCUGUAAGAGGAAACCAUUACCUGUAGAUCCUGAUCAAGCGAUUGCUGUUGAAGAAGGCUGUAAGAAGGGCUGGAAAAGACAUGGCUUCUAUUGUUAUCUAAUCAGUAACUCAGCAGAAUCAUUUUCAGAUGCCAAUAGAACCUGCCAGCAGAAUUCAGCAUAUCUCAUGACUGUUGAGGACAGGUACGAACAAGCUUACUUAACAAGUUUGAUUGGACUUAGGCCAGAAAAAUAUUUUUGGACCGGUCUAUCCGAUAUGGGGCAAAGAGGAAAUUUUACAUGGACUAAUGGUGAAAAGGUUUUGUUCACUCACUGGGAUGCGCAGAUGCCUGGAAGGAAGCAAGGAUGUGUCGUGAUGAAUACAGGAAUUAAAGGCGGAUUGUGGAAUAUUAUAAACUGCGAAGAGAAGGCAAAAUAUGUUUGUAAACACUGGGCUGAGGGAGUCACUCCACCUCCUAUUCCAACGACAACAGUUGCACCUAAAUGUCCAACAGGCUGGAAAACCACAGAUUCCCUAAACUCAUGCUACAAACAUUACAAGAAUCGUGAUGAGUCUGAAAAGAGGUCAUGGUCUGAAGCAAGAACGUUUUGUAAGACUAUAGGAGGUGAAUUACUCAGCAUUGGCAACAAAGAAGAAGAAAGUGCCGUUUGGUCUAUGUUGAUGAGAGGAGAUGUAUACAGUGGUAUUUUCUGGAUAGGACUCCUAACGGUGGAUCCUGAUGAAGGUUUUGGAUGGUCAGAUGGCACACCUUUGUCCUAUGAAAAUUGGGCAUAUGGAGAGCCUAACAAUUACCAAGGGAUGGAACUUUGCGGAGAGCUAAGUGCUGAUUAUCGCUUAUCUUGGAAUGACAGACAUUGUGACUCUCCAUCAGAUUGGAUUUGUGAGCUGAGAAAAGGUGCAAUCUUAAAACCAGAACCAACAGGCCCUCCAACUCCAGAUUUUGAGGUUGGCCCUGAUGGAUGGCUAAUUAAAGAGGAUACACAAUAUUAUCUAGGCACUGAUGAAGUGCCAAUGGAAAAAGGAAGGGAAUUCUGUAAAAAGAAUUUUGGAGACCUCGUUGUAAUUACAAGCGAAACAGAAAGAAAAUUUCUUUGGAGAUAUAUUCUUAAGAAAGGAAAUUCUAAGCACUCUUCAUAUUACAUUGGGAUGAGACUAGGACUGGAUGCAGAAUUUAAGUGGAUGGAUAAUACCCCUUUAGAUUAUGUGGCCUGGGCAAGCCAUGAACCCAACUUUGCAAAUAACGAUGAAAACUGUGUUGCCAUUUAUAGAAAUAUGGGAAAUUGGAAUGAUAUAAACUGUGGUUAUCCAUUGCCAUUCAUAUGUGAAAGAAAAAAUAGCUCUAUAAAUGUAACGGUUGCACCAACCUUACCAUCACCGGAGGGGGGAUGCGCAUCAGACUGGAUUUCAUUUAGGAAAAAGUGUUACAAAAUGUUUGGCAAUGAAGAAAGUGAACGGAAAGACUGGCACGAAGCACGCACAGCAUGUAUGGGGUUGGAGGGCAACCUGGUUACAAUAAAUGAUGACCUCUUACAAGCUGUUCUCACUUACAAUUCCAAAUCAGCAGUCGUUGAUCUUUGGAUCGGACUUAAUGAUGUUAAUUCUGAGCACAAAUUUGUCUGGACCGAUCAAACUGGAGUCUACUACACGAAUUGGGCUAAAGGUCAUCCAUCAGGAAGCCUUUCAUAUGCUCACAAUGAUGAUGUAAGUUUUGAACACUUUCAUUCUCUUCACGAUUGGGAUUGGGAAAUAUCAUCACAGAACACUGAUUGCGUGGCUAUGAAACGAGGAGCAGUUUUGGAUGCAGGAACCUGGACCGAAACAGAUUGUACAAUAAAAAAAGGUUACAUUUGCCAGAAGAAUAAAAAUCCUGCAUUGCCUGUUUUGCCAACAUUAACUUCCACUUCCACAUUUACUACGUUUGGUAAUAACAGUUAUAAAAUCGUUACUUCCAAAAUGAAGUGGGACGAGGCUCGUCGGGUUUGUAAAGCUGACGAUUCUGAAUUAGUCAGCAUUUUAGAUCAAUAUGACUACUCUUUCUUAAGGACUCGUUUAUAUAAAUAUGAAGAACCUUUCUGGAUUGGUCUCAACAGUAAUAUGACUAAUAGCCAAUACAAAUGGAUUGAUAACUGGAAAUUACGAUAUAGUAAAUGGGCUGCAGGUGAACCCAAAACGAAAAAUGCCUGUGUUUAUAUGGAUAAAGAUGGGAAGUGGAAAACAUCACCUUGCAAUGAAAAUUAUUUCUCAGUUUGCAAACGCAGUAAUAUUAUUGCUCCCACUGACCCACCGCAAAAACCUGGAAAAUGCCCAGAUUCUAAAGACAAACCGUGGGUUCCGUUUGGAGGCUAUUGUUACCUUUUCGAAGUAUACACCAGAAACUGGGCUCAGGCUUCACUGGCAUGUCUUCAAAAAGGCGCCUCAUUGGUUUCAAUUGAAAAUACCUACGAAUCAAACUUUCUCUGGCAUCGUAUUGAGCAACUUUCUGACCAGUCUAACACUUUUUGGAUAGGAAUGUACAAAAACGUGGAAGCACAGUGGCUCUGGUUAGACAAUAGUCCAGUUGACUAUAUCAAUUGGAAUGAAGGUGAACCUUCAAAUCACGAGACAGAGGAAUGUGUUGAAAUGUAUUCACAAGAAGGAACCUGGAAUAAUAUGUACUGCUCGUCUUACAGAGGGUAUAUCUGUAAGAAACCUAAAACCAUUGAACCUACAAUAAAACCCAUGGAGAAUAAAGAGGAACGAAAAGCUGACACAUCGUCACAUGGUGCAACUGGCGGUGUGGUUAUUGUUGUAAUACUUGUUUUGGUUGGAGGCACUUUCGCGGUUUACUAUUUUAUGAAGAGAAAGCAGACAAAGCAACUACCACAACCGGACCCGAAUUUUGAUAACACAUUGUAUUUCAAUGGUGAUCGUAUACCCGGAACCAGUGAUAUAAACGUUCUUGUGGAUAAUAUUGAACAAAAUGAACAUGCUAUUUCUUAGUGCCUUACAUAAUGGAUAUAUGAAUGUAAAAUAAUUCCGAGGAUGUGACAGAUCUUUAAUCAGAGAUAUAGUUUACAAUUUGUACACAGAACAAAUGAAUACAUUGGUUCAGUCUGUAAUUAUUCAAAUCACUUCUAUGAGAGCACGGGAAGCCAAGCUUAGUUACUAACUAAACUGUGAUUUGCAGGAAAUGUACCACUUCGAGAAAUGUUUUUUUUUUUUUACCUUUUCUAAUUUUUCUUACAUUUGCAUAUUUCUCUAGUGAAUUCCUAGCAAAUUAUAGUUUAGUUAGCAACCUUGACUAAUUGCGUAUAUACAUCCCUCUGCCACUGGAUUAUUUACUGAAGUGCGAAUUGUCACGAAUUUAAAGUGUAGUUACAAUUUUUACUCAAAGCAGCCGAACUGGAAAAAUUCUCAGAAAGCUAGGCUGUUUGUUUCCAAUAUAACUUUUUGGCUUUAAAAGACACUCCAGACCACUAAAGCACUUUAGUUUGCUGAAAUGCUUUAUGUGUGAAGUACUUUUUAUUUUUUUAUUUCUACAAAAAGUGCUAAUUUAAUUAUAAAUGAACAUUUUUGUCAAUCAGACAAAUGGUCCUGUUACUUCCUAGUUAUUUAGCUCAUUGGAGCUGAACUCAAGAGGGAGCAAUUGUCUAGACUCUAGAGCACUUCUCAUUGAGCUGCAUGUGUAAGUCUGUGAUUGGGCUGCCACAGAAAGCCCAGGUGGGAUUAGAAGGGGAGGGCUUGCAAAGACUGCAGACCAGAUGAUUUUUAAAGCUUUUU